CGGACCGGGAUGGCGGAGCCCCAGGCGGAGUCGGAGCCCCUUCUGGGUCGGGCCCGCGGCGGCGGCGGCGACCGUGCCUCAGCCAGGCAGGACCUCCGCAUCGACCAGGCCGUGGUCUUCAUCGAAGACGCCAUCCAGUACCGCUCCAUCAACCACCGCAUGGGCAGCUCAAUGUGGCUUUACCGACGGUAUUACUCGAACACGUGCCAACGGGCUCUGGGCUUCACCAUCUUCCUGACCCUGGCUCUGGCCUUUGUGGAGACCCCUUCCUCCCUCACCAGGACGGCCGACGUGCGCUUCCGCCUCCCGCCCUGGGAGCCGCCCUGCGGCCUGACCGAGAGCCUCGAGGCGCUCUGCCUGUUCGUCUUCGUGGCUGACGUCUGUGUGAAGGGUUACCUGGUCGGGUGGGCCGAGUUCCGGAACAGCCUCUGGCUGCUGGCCUACCUCGUGGUGCUGCUCGUGUCUCUGGUGGACUGGGCGGUCCUGAGCCUCGUGUGUCAGGAGCCCCUGCGGAUCCGCCGGCUCCUGCGCCCCUUCCUGCUGCAGAACUCGUCCAUGAUGAAGAAGACCCUGAAGUGCCUCCGGUGGUCGCUGCCGGAUAUGGCCAGCGUCGGGCUGCUGCUGGCCAUCCACCUGUGCCUCUUCACUGUGUUCGGCAUGUUGCUGUUUGCUGGCGAGACGGACGAAGGGCAGGCCAGAGAACGGCUGACCUACUUCCGGAACCUCCCCGAGGCUCUGACUUCCCUCCUGGUGCUGCUGACCACAGCCAACAACCCCGACGUGAUGAUCCCCGCGUAUUCCAGGAACCGGGCCUACGCCCUCUUCUUCAUCCUGUUCACCCUCAUCGGAAGCCUGUUUCUCAUGAACCUGCUGACGGCCAUCGUGUACAAUCAGUUCCGGGGCUACCUCAUGAAGUCCCUCCAGACCUCGCUGUUCCGAAGACGGCUGGGGACGCGGGCCGCCUUCGAGGUGCUGGCCUCCAUGCUGGGAGCCGGGGAGACCUCUGUUCAGGCACGGGGGGUGAAGCCCCAGGACUUCCUGCAGGCGCUUCGCAAGGCCCAGCUGGACGCCUCGCACAGACAGGCCAUCGAGGAGAGGGUGUGCGCCUAUGAGGGUGCCCUGCUGUCGGCCGAGGAGUUUCAGAAAGUCUUCGAUGAGGUUGACAGGAGCGUGGUAAAAGAGCACCCGCCGCGGCCCCGCUACCGGUCUCCGGUCCUGCAGCGCGCCCAGCUGGCCUGCUGCCACCGCUGCUUCGACGUCCUGGGGAACCUCGUCGUCCUGGGGAACCUCGCGUCCAUCUGCGUGUUCCUGGUGCUGGACGCCGACGUGCUGCCUCGGAACCGCGACGACUUCGUCCUGGGGGUCCUCAACUGUGUCUUCAUCCUCUACUACGUCCUGGAGACCCUGCUCAAGGUGUUCGCCCUGGGCCCGCGCGGGUACCUGUCCUACGCCAGCAACGUGUGUGACGGCGUGCUCACCGGGGUCCUGCUGGUGUUGGAGAUCUUGACCGUGGCUGCAUACGGAUUCCCACAUCCAGGCUGGAAGCCGGAGAGGCGGGGGCUGCUGUCGCUGUGGGACAUGGCCCGGCUGGUGAACGUGCUCAUCGUCUUCCGCUUUCUUCGCAUCAUCCCCAGCACGAAGCCGAUGGCCGUGGUGGCCAGCACCAUCCUGGGCCUGAUCCAGAACCUGCGGGCCUUUGGCGGGAUCCUGCUGGUGGCGUACUACGUGUUCGCCAUUGUCGGGAUCAGCUUGUUCCGCGGCGUCAUCGUGGCCCCUUCUGGAAACAGCAGCCUGGCGCCUGGCAAUGGCUCAGCCCCUUGUGGCAGCUUCGAGCAGCUGGAGUACUGGGCCAACAACUUCGACGACUUUGCCGCCGCGCUGAUCACGCUGUGGGACCUGAUGGUGGUCAACAACUGGCAGGUGUUCCUGGACGCGUUCCGGCGCCACGCGGGCCCGUGGUCGGAGGUCUACUUUGUGUCCUGGUGGCUGGUGUCCUCGGUCAUCUGGGUCAACCUGUUCCUGGCCCUGCUGCUGGAGAACUUCCUUCACCGCUGGGACCCCCGCAGCCACCAGCAGCCCUUGGCUGGGACCCAGGAGGCCGCCUGCCUGGCAUCCGUGGAGCUCAUGUUCAGGGACGUGUUGGAGGAGCCGAAGGAGGAGGAACUGCUGGAGUGGCUGCGCCACCACCCGCACCUGCCACUGUGCAGGUGACGGCAGGAGGCCUUCCUGGUGGAGGCGCCAGGAAGGCGACGCUGGCCGGGACGGACGCCGGCGCGGCCAGGCAGGAGAGCCCGUGCCUUUGACCGACCACUCGGCUGGAGACCCGUGGCUCCCUCGGGAAGCUCUUGCCACCCUGAACCAGGGGACGGGACCUCACGGGGCCCUCCUGUGGUGCCUUUGCUGCCGGUGGCCUUGGGGACGGAGGCGGGGCAGGGCCUGCUCAGGGGGACCCGCGGAGCCCCGGUGUUUUCACCGGAGACGGUGCUGCUGUUUGCCGUGCGGCUCGUGUGGGUGGGUCGGAAGGCCAAUACUUUGCACCGCUGAGUCUUACAGAGAAUGGCCUGUCGCUUUGCCGUCGACGUGACCGUGGCCCUGCCCCUCUGGGAUAGGGCUGCUAGGUGCGGGUGCGGGUGCGUGGGUUGUGCAGUGCCCGAGGUCACUCAGCUGCAAGGCUGUGUCGGCCUGGGCCGGCUGCCGGGGUGGAGGGAAGCCAGUGUGUGUCCUGGGGGUGUGGCCGAGGGCCGGGGCGGGCGUUGUACUGUCAGAGGGCCAGCCCGGCUCGGGGUGGCAUCUGGGUUUCUCACUGCAGGGCCUGUCCAGUUCCCAAGCUCUGCGAUGAGGAUGGGAAUCCUCGUGGAAGACGGUGCUGGGCUCGGUUAGCAAUGUCUGCUGUGGGCACUGAGGGGUGCUGAGCCUGGUGUGGGGGUGACCUCCCGGUCCUCCCCAGCUUUGUUGCAGGAAAGUUAACUGGAGAAGGAAGUCUCCCGCUCUGGGUCAUGUGUGGCCAGCGCAGGGCGGUUCGCCAGGACACCUGGAUGGGCCCCUGCGCCAGCCCCCUUCCCCGAGAGCGCCCGCUGCCCUGUGCACCCCUUCCUGCUAGGGCUUGGGCGCCACCUAGUGGCGGGUUGGGGUCCAUGGACCUUUUCUCCUGAGGACCCCAGAGGCAGCCCGGGCCACUUCCUCUGUCCACAGCGCCCAAGGCCGAGGCCGAGCCUGGAGCCUGGCCUGAUGCCGGGGCUGCGUCUGGCUGUGCCGUCGGCCCUGCCUCUGUGCUAGGGAGCUGGAUGUGUGGCUGUGCCCUGGGAGCCUCCUGGGGGUGCGUGUGGAGGGCUGUGCUGGUGCCCAGGC